ACACAAGCACGCCGCAUCACACAACAUUGUGCAGUGCACCUUUGCACGUGUUCCGUGAGCCAGCACCUCGGUUGAAAGGUUGCCCCAGGAGCAUAGCCUCGCCGGACUGGGCUCACAGGUACGUGAACAAUUUACAGCGCGUCCUUUCGCAUCCAUCUGGUUUUGGUUUCGGCGCAAGAAGCAAGAAGUUCAUCAUGUCGUACCCGGGUCCUCCAGGUGUUUCGAAGCCGGCAUCGCACCCUUCGCUCCCUCCACGUCCGCCGACGACAAAACUUCCGGGGUUCAAGCCCGCCUUCUCGCCCGCCCCGCCCGCCGUCUCGGCUCCCGGCUACACAGCGACUGCGCCGUCAUACCCUGGGUACGGUGCACCCGCAACCAUAGCGCCGCCGUCAUCGGGCUAUGGCGCACCCAAUUCCGCUUCGCCCUACGCGGGCAACCCGCCGGCUACUGCCGCCAUAGGCGCCGGCCGCGGAGGCUAUGGCCAGGCCAGCACAUACAACUAUCCACAACAGACAUAUCCACAGCAACCACCCUACUACGGCGCCGCCGCGACUCCGAGCUACCCGACUCCGCCCCAGAUCCAAAAUCCGUUCCCGGCUCCAGCUCCCGCCAGCACGGGCAACGACUUUGACCCCGAGAUGGCCGCUCAGAUCGCACAAUGGCAAAGCGCCUACAUGCCGAAAGACCCUAACGAGCCCUCCACGAAACCAGCCGCGAACACAGGCAGUCGCUCCGGCACCAACACCGGCACCGGCACCCCAGCACCCGGCGCGCAGGCUGGCCCGGCAGAGACGGCCGAUGCCGGGGCAAACGGCCAGUCGAACGAGAAGAAGAAGACGGUCUACCGCGAAGGCGGCGGCAAAAAGUGGCAAGACGACACGCUGCUGGAAUGGGACCCGAGCCACCUGCGGCUCUUUGUCGGCAACCUGGCCGGCGAGACGACCGACGACUCGCUGCUCAAGGCCUUUUCCCGGUGGAAGAGCGUGCAGAAGGCAAAAGUGAUACGCGACAAGCGCACGACCAAGAGCAAAGGGUUUGGCUUUGUCAGUUUCAGCGACCCGGAGGACUUUUUCCAGGCCGCCAAGGAGAUGAACGGCAAGUACAUCCAGAGCCACCCCGUCGUGGUGCGCAAGGCAAAGACCGAGAUCAAACCGCAGGUGGUCAAGGAGGAUCGGAACAAGGGGAAGAAUAAUAAGAAGGGCGGCGGGGGGAACAAGAGUGGCAGCGGGAUGGGUGCGGGUCAGGAUGGCGGUGUUGCCUAUGAUCCGCAUCUUGGCCCCGUGGCGGGAGGCGGCAUCGUUAAGCCCGGCCAGAAGACCAAGGGCGGGCUAAAACUGCUUGGUUGAUGAGAGCUGUUCCACUCGCCAAACAUUUACCGCCUUCCGCGAGGCGGUCAGCCUUCCAGGCGCUAAAGCUAUCAUGAUUCUGAGUUUGAGACGGACCACAAGCUGCUAUCCGCCUCGCAUAAUACCUAUCACAUUCCGGGCAGCUUUCUGGGAAAAGGUUAAUGAGAUUCGGCGGGUACAUGGCGUUAGCAUUGAGGGGAAGGCUAUCCCUUCCAUCCACGUUUAUUGGACUGGCCGAUGAAUUUUGUGCGAUAAAUGACAAAUGAACCAAAUCAGAUAUGUCCGUAAUGCGAUGCCU